AUGCUUACUGACGAGAAUUUGGAUUCUGGGCCAUCCUGUUCGAAACAAAUAGAGGAGGUAUCACAUACCGAAGGAGGUGAAGAUUUAACAAUUCCAGCUGAGCAAUCUACAUCAACUACCAAUGUCCUAUCCCGAACUUCUUCAACGGAUACAUGUCAUAAUAUCAGAGUUCCUUCACCAGAAACAACAACAGUUCUACUAUCUGAUACAGAUUCAUCUGACGAUGAAGAAAAUACGUGGAAGAAGGUUUUGUUUCCACAAAAACCUGAUUUAGACAGUUUUGACAGUAUUCCUCUCCAAUCAAGACAGUUUUUCCCUAGUAGAACUAGACCUGUUAGUUAUUUUUCAACAUUUUUCAAUGAAGACGUGAUUGAAUUGAUUAUUACACAAACCAAUAUAUACGCAGAACAGAACCGUAGCCGUAACUGGACACCUGUAAAUUCUGUUGAGAUAAAAGCAUUUAUUGGGAUGAUUAUAAUGAUGGGUAUCAAUCCACUGCCUUCCAUAGACCUAUAUUGGUCUAGUGACCCAUUUUUCAGGAACAACGAAAUAGCUGCAGUAAUGCCAAUAAAAAGGUUUACGAAAAUCUUAGAAAAUUUACACUUGAACGAUAACAAAGAAAUGCCGUCGAGAGAAGCACCUGAUUACGACAAACUGUAUAAGAUUCGUCCGUUUUUAGAAUUAAUUAAUAAGGCUUGUCAAAACAAUGCGAAAAAUACAACAUCCCAAUCAAUAGAUGAAGCGAUGGUUAAAUUCAAAGGCGUUUCGUCGCUGAAGCAGUAUAUGCCAAUGAAACCCGUGAAAAGAGGCUACAAAAUAUGGACAAGAGCCGAUAGUGCAACAGGUUACGUCUUUGAAUUUGACGUUUAUACCGGUAAACGUGAUGAUAACACAACUGAAGUUGGACUGGGAGGAAAUGUUAUAAAACGACUGACGAAAAAACUGGUCGAUGAGAGGUUUCAGGGACAUGUGACCUUUGACAAUUUUUUCUCGUCGUAUGAAAUUAUGCAACACUUAUAUGAUAAAGGCAUUUAUGCCACUGCCACAGUAAUAAGCCGAAAAGAUCUCCCUCAUUUUUACAAAAAAAGUAAUAAAGGUAAGAAUUUGAAGCUCGAUCGAGGCGAAAUGAAGUGGCGUACGAAGAAAAACGUUGCUUUUGUUGCUUGGCAAGAUAAUAAAAUAAUUUCGUUUUUAACUACAGCGUUCCACCCGAAAUUAGAUAAGACCUUUUGUGACAGAAAACAAAAAGAUGGUACAAAAAAGGCGUUUCAGUGUCCUUUGGCGGUGUUACAAUACACUGAAAGAAUGGGCGGGGUCGAUCGAUUUGAUCACCUCAGAAGUACAUACGAAGUUAGCAGGCGAAGCAAGAAGUGGUGGCUCCGUUUGUUUUAUUUUUGCGUGGACCUAUGCAUUGUAAACUCUUUUUUGUUGUACACCACUAACAAAAGAGUGCACAAUCCACUGUCACAACUCCAUUUUCGACUGAGUUUAGCCCGUGGUUUGAUAAACGGCUAUACUUCUAGAAAAAGAAGUUUGGAGAGCGAACCUCAGUAUUUGAAAAAGAAGCCAAAAAUGUCAACCAAUAUCCAAAAGAAGAUAGGAGUAGACGAAGAUAUUCGACUGUCCAAUGUUGGCAUUCACAGACAUGAAAAAAUUGAAACGUGGCGUCGCUGUCGAAUGUGCAGCACAAAAACUAAUAAUAAGAGGUCCAAGAUACAGUGCUCCACAUGCAAGGUGGCACUUUGUGUCGUACCUUGUUUUGACUUGUUUCAUUCUUCCGAUUAA